UCUCUCUCUCCUCCCACUCUCCUGUGACAGCACACACCUGCUUUGUCUUGGCUGUGCACUGCCGUGGUGCAAUUACACCCUGGCCUUUCAGAGCUCAGCUUCAGAGCCGUCACUGAGAUCGAUCCCCCCUCUGGAUUUGGGAGAGGACCCUCACAUACAAACACACACACGUGCGUGCUCGCUCAGCUUUAACCAAGGACACCAGGCCCAGUUGACGUCUGGCGGCACCAUGAAGUCAGCUUUCAUCUACUUGUUCCUGGUCACAUGCUGUUGGGCUCUGCCCUUUGAGCAGACAGGCUUCAUGGACUUCAUGAUGGAGGACGAAGGAGGUUCUGGAGUGGUGCCAGCGACCAUAAAGCCCCCAAUUUUUACUACCAUCCCAGGCCCAGAUGGACCCGUCUGCCCUUUCAGAUGCCAGUGCCACCUGCGGGUGGUACAGUGCUCUGAUCUAGGCUUGAAAAACAUUCCAGAAAACCUCCCUGGAGAAACAACUCUGCUUGACCUGCAGAACAACAAGAUCACUGAAAUUCGCGAGAAUGAUUUCAAGACCCUCAAAGGCCUCCAUGCUCUGAUCCUGGUGAACAACCUCAUCACCACCAUCCAUGCCAAAGCCUUCAUGCCCCUGGGCAAACUGCAGAGGCUCUACCUGUCCAAAAACCUGCUGAAGGAGAUGCCCACCAACAUGCCCAAGAGCCUGCAGGAGCUGCGCAUCCAUGAAAACCAUAUUGCCAAAAUCAAGAAGGCCUCCUUCCAGGGAAUGGCCCAGGUCAUCGUCAUGGAGCUUGGCUCCAACCCUCUGAAGAGCUCAGGCAUCGAGAGCGGCGUUUUCUCUGACCUGAAACGUGUCUCCUACAUCCGCAUUGCAGACACCAACAUCACUGAGGUCCCCAAAGGUCUCCCCACCUCCCUAUCAGAGCUCCAUCUGGAUGGGAACAAGAUCACCAAGGUGCAGGCGGACAGGCUGAAGGGACUGAAGAACCUGGCCAAGCUCGGUCUGAGCUACAACGAAAUCAGUGUUGUGGAGAAUGGCUCCCUGGCCGUGGUGCCCCACCUGCGCGAGCUGCACCUAGAUUACAACAUGCUGACCUCUGUGCCCCCAGGCCUGCCUGAUCACAAGUACAUCCAGGUGAUCUAUCUCCAUGGCAACAAGAUUGCAGCGGUGGGGCCCGAAGACUUCUGUCCCCCCACCUACAACACCAAGAAAGCCAUGUAUUCUGGCAUCAGCCUGUUCAGCAACCCUGUGCCCUACUGGGAGGUGCCCCCCGUCACCUUCCGCUGCGUUUUCGACCGCUCCGCCAUCCAGCUGGGCAACUACAGGAAGAAAUAGAAUGUAGCACCACAACAGUCCCCCCCCCCCCCCCCCCCAAAUACGCACCUCCCAGCUCAAUGAACAUAACAGUUACACAUUACACACAAACCCCAGUCUGAGCAACACUCUACCCCGACUCUAUGUACUACAGAGAUAACACCACCUACAUGACUUCUGUUACCCUCAGAAACAAAACAGCUGCCUUAAAAUAACACCAUUCCUGAGAAGGUUCCAGAACACGCAACAAAGCUCAUGAAUCUCAGCUGUUACCUCAGCAGCUAAAGAACACAAACAAAUAUCUUCUUUGCUUUUGGGAAGCAGUUUUAUAAAAGAGGAUUUCUUAACAUUUGUACAACAAGCACACCUUGCAUAGGAAUUGCAGAAAUUUCAUUUAACACUGAUAUGUUAUUGUUUUGUUUUUGAAUUUAGCUGAUAAAGAGUCGUCCAUAACGCCCUUGCCUUGAUCCCACGCCUUGUUCUUAACGUUCCUCUGAAAAUUGGGCCCGUUUUCCUGUUGAGCAGGCAUGGUAAAGGAUUAACUGACGUUUCAGAAAAACCGUAGACCAAAAGUAGCAAACUAGAAUGUACUAAAGGACUGUUUCCUUUCUGUAUAUGACAGUAGCUUUCCAGUGGUGUAAUAUCAAUGCAGAAUAAACACCAAACGUCUGAUUUUCUUUCCUAUAUCGUAGUCAAAGUAAGGAAGGAGACCAAGCCAUCAUUGCUUUGCAUUCUUGUUUUUUAUUUUGCGUUUUUGGGAAUAAGUGUAAGGGGAAAUGUUUAAGCAUUUAAAACAAAAUCUUCCGGCGUAUCUCAGAGAGACCGUAUGAUGCCAGAAAUGAAUUAACACCAGGCAGAAAUGUAGAGUAAGCCGUAUAUACAUUUUAAUGAAAACCUUACCCAAAGACCUACUUGCAUGCUUCGCUGUGUUCAUUAUGCGUCCAUGGUCUUUGAGUCACCGGUGAUCAUGUGCUUUGUCUGUUUGUUAGUUUUUUUUUUUCUCAUUUUGAAAACGAGUGGAGGAUGUGGGUGGCUGGCCAUGCCCCCCCCCAGGAUCCUGUCCAUGUGAAUGUUCCAUGUGUAGAUGCUGUACAUACAUGCUGUAUGAAACCUUUCAUUGCUUUGAAGUACAAGCACUUACCGUAGGGCAAACAAACUUAUAUCAGCAAUAAAGGUGAACUUACAGAGCAGGGACUCCGGCGUCGGUGUCCCGAAUCUAAUAAAGAAUACAACAAAAGUCAUAA